CUCCUGCGCUGCUCGCUGCAGACUGUGGACGAACAGCUGAGUGAUGUAAGGUCCCUUCAUGUAAACAAGCCACAACGACACUGAACUACCGACGGAGUUCGCUUCAGCUUGCGGAUGGUUAACUUAUCUGUGGGCUUCCUGUUGAAACGUAGCUGUUCUGGUUGUCGAAAAGGACUUAAAGAGCCGAGUUUCCUCGAAGCUAGCAUGCUGAACACAGAGGAAAGUUCUUGGUUAUCGGGGGCCUUGAAGCCCAGCUCUAUCCCUCAGGCUCCGGGGCCUCUGUGGUGCUCCGAUGCCCCUCACCCACAGCUGAAGAUCCCGGGUGGGCGAGGGACGGUCAGGGAUCACUCUCACGCCGUGCUAAUACACAAGGAUGACAGGCUGACGGUGACGCAGGCCACCCCGGUCGGCGGGAGACCCUCUCUUCUCCGCUUCCACUACCAGCUGACUGAGCGCCGCUCAGCCUUCUGGGACACGGCGCUCUCGGGGGACAGCCUCUUCCUGGAGAUCCCAGCAGGUUCGCUGGUCGAAGGGAGCAAAGAGGGGCUGACCACGCUGCUGGAGUUCGCCGAGGAGAAGCUGAAGGUUAACUACGUCUUCCUGUGGUUCCACAAAAACAGAGAGGAUCGAAUGGUCAUCAUCAAGACGUUCCACUACAUGGGCUUCGAGAUGGUGAAGCCGGGCAACCCCAUGGUACCAGCCCGACCCGAUUUGGCCUUCAUGGCUUACACUCUGGACAACAGCAGCUCGGAUGAAGAGUGACCGCCACCUCCCUCGCCCACCCCACACCCUCCCUCUCACCCCCACACCCCCUCCCGCACACCAACACACCUCCCAGUCUUUAGCCUUCCUUCUGACAGCAGUCGCGCCGGGCGGAGAGGUCUCUGUGAUGCCGCUGCUUUUCUCCCUGAAGACGUCCGCAGAAUGGAUUAGCUGGGAGGGCUGCAGCUUGAACUAAGUCGUCACAUUUAAUUUGGCCUUCUUUGUUUUCCUUCUUCCUUCUCCUCCUCACUUCUUCAGUCAUUUUCUCUCCAUGGACGAAAGGAGGAAAUAAACAACUUGCUCCGAAGUUUCAGCAUAUCCACUCGUCUGACAUUUUCAACCGUUUUUUUUCUAAGAGACUUUGGUGUGUCUUUGAGUGCUGUACACAAUGCGAGCUAUGAUGCUAGGGGGUUUAAAUGUGUAUGGUUGAUUUAUAAAUAUAUAUAUAUUUUUUCUUGGCUUAAUCUGUUACAUUGAACAUGUGAGCACACACUGACGGUUCCUUUCGACUUUCUGCGAUAUGUCGAGGCAUCAUUCCAGCGCGUGUCCCUGGCUCUGGCUUUUUGAAGGCAUAUAUUUUAUUUUUAUUGUUUUUGCUACUUUUAAAAUUUCACAAACAAUCCCGUCUUGGACUGAACCCACCUCACCCCAUCACACGAUGAUCAACAGGACGAUCCUUAAAGCUUUAUCGAUACGGCAGGUGCCUAAAGAGGAGAGUGCAAUUUAUUAUUAUUAUUAUUUAUUAUUCUAAACUAAUGAGUCUUAUUAAAAAGAAUGUAAAAUAUUCAGCCCAUGGAAAUUCAGACCUAUGUUUUAAGUAAGCUGUUCUUAUGAUCAUAUAUGCAAAUAUAGGGGGGACGGGGGGAAAAAAAGCACUGUAGCAAACCCACCGAGGAUUUUUAUUUUAUUUUUUCCAUCAUCUUCUGUCUCAACUAAACACCAAAGAAUUGUCUGUCGAUGUGAACCAAAUACAAGCUAAUACUAACCUUGUGUUGUAUGUCGAGCAAAGUUGGCCUACAUUCCCCCCAAAGUGCACCGCCUGCGCCUCACUUUCCCUUCCACCUGCUCUGCUCUUAACCGCUACUGAUUUGAGUCCCGACUAUAAGCUGUUCCAGAUUAAUACAUGAAGUCUAUCAGAGGUUUAUUUUUUAUCAAUAUGAACAUUUUCUCUGCUGUUUUUUGUUUCUUUUUGUGAUUGUGCAGGGAUUUACCUUUCUGUUUUUGUUCUUAGUUAAACAGUUAGCAGCCGUUAAGUGACUAUCCACACUUCUCAGAUUUUUGUCUCUUGUGCGGAGGGUGUUUCAAUAAAGGUUGUUAACAAAGG